AUGCGCUCCAAGGCGCCUCACUGCACGUACUGGAGGCCGCCGCGCGGGCCAACCAUUUCCUCCUCCCAGGCAGCUAGGCGUCCGGUCACGCACCUGGAGGCUGCCUCGCGCAGGGGACCGCGACACCUGGCUGCAUUGUUGUCGCCUCAACUGUCUACUCUCUCAGACAGGACCCAGCACCCGCCCCAACGUGUGCCGGCCUUGUACCCCUUUAAGAAACCAGACCGGCCAGGGGUGGGAGUGGUCGCCUGCGCGAUCGCGCGCGCCAGAGGGGAGGAGGGCGCGAGGGUGAUAAUUGGCCGCGGCAGGGGCCCCGCCCGCGAGUGGAGGGCGAUCACGUGA